AUGACGAGGGACCCGCUACUGACGGCCGAGCUGGCCAUCUACGCCAUCCUCGCCCUUCCGGUUCUGUAUCUGCUCUUCCGCCACUCGACAGCUGGCCUGCUCGGGUGGUUCUAUCUCUUCGCCUUCUGCUCGCUCCGAAUCGUCGGCGGGGCGCUCACCUCGUCAUCGGCCGGCAUCAUCUCCAGCAUCGGCCUGUCGCCGCUCCUGCUUGCGGCGUCCGGUAUCCUCCACGAAGCGAGAACGCACCACGGCCUUAGAAACACAAAACCAGAAUGGAUAGCCGUGGCCUUGUUCCACGUGCUGGUUGCCACCAGUGUCGCCCUCGUCGGCACCGGCUCGUCGGCUCUUGAAGGCGACCACCCCACCGCCAAGGACCUCUCGCUCGUUGACGCCGGCGUCGGCCUCCUGACCGCGUCGUGGGUGCUCCUCUGCAUCGGCACGGCCAUCUCCUUCCUGCCAAGCCAGCAGAACACCGCGGCCCCAGCGCACCGGCAGGGAACAAUCCUCCUCCACGCAACCGCCCUAUCCAACCCACUAAUCGGCAUCCGCGUGCUCUACACCCUGGCGGCCCUCACGACUCGACGAGCAUCGCUCAACCCGGUCACCGGCUCCCUCGCCGUGCGCGUGGUGCUGGGCUUCCUGCCCGAGCUGCUCGCCACGCUGGUGUUUGUCGUGGCCGGCGCGCGCACGCGGCAUGCUGGGCGGGUGGGCAAGGGCGGGUUGGGGCAGCGGCCGGGUUACUGA